UAAUUUGAGGUUUCAUCAACAUAUCCAUCCACCAACCUACCUUGAGUAUAGUUAAGACAGAAAAAGUAUGGAGUGCAAGAGUGAAGAGCGUGUCUCAAAGCUACUUUCAGCUCAAACCCAUGUUUGGAAUCACAUUUUCAGCUUCAUAAAUUCCAUGUCCCUAAAAUGUGCAAUUGAUUUGGAAAUACCUGACAUCAUACACAAGCAUGGUGAACCCAUGCCACUCUCACAACUCACUGCUUCACUAUCAAUGAAUCCUUCCAAAGCCAACAACAUCUACCGGUUGAUGCGAAUCUUGACCCAUUCUGGGUUCUUCUCUGAAGUGAAGGUGAAUGAGAAUGAGGUUGAAAUGGGUUAUGUGUUGACGGAUGCAUCCACUCUGCUAUUGAAGGACAACCCCUUGAGUGUGACACCUUUCUUGCAUGCAAUGCUUGAUCCAAUUUUGACAAAGCCAUGGCAUGGAUUGGCUACAUGGUUCAGGAAUGAUGAUCCCUCGCCAUUCCAAACAGCACAUGGGAUGAAAAUAUGGGACUACGCUGGGCGUGAUCAAAAACUGAAUCAGCUUUUCAAUGAUGCGAUGGCGAGUGACGCUGAAUUGGUUUCCAAUGUGGUGAUUGAGAGGUGUGGGGGAGUGUUGAAGGGGUUGGAGUCAGUUGUUGAUGUUGGGGGAGGCACAGGUACCAUGGCAAAGGGUAUUGCCAAAUCAUUCCCUCACAUAGACUGCACCGUAUUUGAUCUCCCACAUGUUGUUGCCGACUUACAAGGAUCUCACAACUUAAAAUUUGUUGGAGGUGACAUGUUUGAGUGGGUUCCCCCUGCAGAUGCCGUUCUAUUGAAGUGGAUAUUGCAUGACUGGAAUGACGAGCAGUGUGUGAGAAUACUGAAGAAAUGCAAGGAGGGAGUAAAGAAGAAGGUGAUAGCGAUAGACAUGGUGAUGGAGAGUGAAAAGCUUGAUUAUGAAUCAACUGAAACACAGCUCAUGGUUGAUAUGGUUGUGAUGGUGUUGUAUCCUGGAAAAGAGAGGACUGAGAAAGAAUGGGCUAAGAUCAUUUUCUCUGCUGGUUUCAGUGACUACAAGAUAACUCCAAUCGUGGGUUUGAGGUCUCUCAUCGAGAUUUAUCCCUGACAGUUAUACCCUCUUUUGGACUCUUCUGUGUGCCAUAUUAUUAUUCUAUAACUCCACUGCUGCCAAGGAGAAGCACUAUGCACCAAUAAAGGCCCUUCAAUUAUCUUGUAUUUCAUUCACUAUGUUGUGAUGGAAUGGAAUCUAUAUAUGAAAUGCUUUUUCUAAUUUGUUUUUCAACUGUA